AUGAGCAAACGGCUUGCGAAGCUGCACAAACCGUGUGAUAAGUUGGACAAGUACGACAACGAACCGUACAUGCAGAAUCCGUUGCUGAAACUCUUCCUGUCCGAAGUGAAAGAGCGGCGCCAUUACAGUUUCAUCCGCCGGAAGGCGGCAGUGGAGAAAAUAAAAAUUUGUCGCAGUAAAACGGUGGACUUUGAGGAUGUGAUCCCGCGGCCCCAGUCGUACUAUGCCGAGCAGUUGCGAGAGCACGCUCGGAGGGCACCGGUUCCGAAGAUGUUGGCCAGCACGGAGGACAAAAUUCUCUCGUACGUUCCAAAGCGGCUCCGCACGCAGUACCCGGGAGUGCUGGCGGCCUAUAUGGCCGACGUGCACGCCGAGUUCGACAAGGUGAUGAAGGCGUACAGCUGCCAGAAGAUCCUGAAGCCCGGCCCGAACGAUUUCGUGCCAGAGCGGCAAAAGUUUGAGUUCAAGCGCGUCGGACGAACGGAAAACUAUCGUCAGUACCUGCGCAGUAGGGCGUACAUUCAGAAGAACCUGCUCCUGCCGUACCCGUUCGUGCGCUGUAUCGUCCAUUACGCGUUCACCGAUCUGCCGGUGUAUCUGAACGAUUAUGCUCGCUAUCGGACCGGCGAGGAGAUCACACUGAACGAGCUGCGCGAUCUGAUCAAGAAGGAUCUACAGGCGGUCGGAGGGCUAAUCGGGCAGCAGUGGUACCCGAAGAUUGUGGCUAUCCUCAAGAAGCACUACGAACGUCGCACGGUUCCGAAAUCAAUGUGGACGAAGGUGCUAAACUGUGUCGGGGUGCUGAUCAACCGCGAGCUCAACGAAGCCAAGCUGCGAACGAUCGGAUACCUGCAACGAACGUUGCUUAACGUGCGCCAGAUUCCGCAGAUGAAGAUACUGGCUAUCUGCGACGAUGGGAUCGAUCUGUUUCCGAGCUUGAGCGAUAUCUACAGCGUGUACCAGAACGCGAUCGACGACAUAAUGGCCGUCGGGAAUCGUCUCGACUGUCUCGAGUCGUUGAUCGAUGCAGCCAGCUUCGAACCGAAGAAUCCGCCGUACCUCCGGGUCGGUAUCGCCGAACGGUGCAUCGCGGAAGCCCACGAACAGGUGCAGGCGGUGCUUACGAGUGCGUUCCUACCGUUGGCGCAGUAUUUGGCCGAUUUCCAAGCACAAUUUGCGGGACUGCUGAGCUUGGACACGAAGCACGAACUGGAUGAGUUUCUGUCCGAACCGCGCACGUUCGACGAGUACAUUGCCAAGAUCGAAGAGUUUCAGUGGUACAAGGAAAAGAUCCGUGCCAUGGUGCAGAAGGAGUACUUCCCGAUGGCGAUCGUCAACCAGUCGGACGCGAUCGGCAGUUUGCGGAAGAUUGUCGAGCGCUACAUUGACCGGGUGGCCGACCAUAUUGCGAUCGAGCAUCGGCGCGAGAUUCAGCGAAUCUGUCGCGAGUUUGAGGAAAUCAAGGAGAAGGCGCUGGAGAUUCCGACCUCCACCGAGCAGCUGAUGGCGAACGGCGAGUACAUGACGCGCGUGAAGUCAGAAAUCAUUGACGAGCUGCAGGAGAAGAUACAGAUCACGAUGAAGAUAAACGCCUACCUGGUAGAGUUGAUGGAGCUGCCCGCCGAGCAGAUGGAUUUGCAGGUGGAAAGCGUCAACUGGUAUUUCCGCAUCCAGUCGGUGUUCGAGGUUAACUCCACCAAUUUCGAGCAGUACAAGUUUUCGUUCGAAGAAAAGCUCCAGGAAGUGACGAAGCAGUUAAACGAGAAGAUGGAGGAAAUGAUACCGCACAUCGCGAUCAUCAACGACAUGACGGAGACGGAAAAGUUUCGCGACUACAUCGUUGUCCUUCACGGGUAUAUCGAUCAGAUCUUCGUGUUCGAGGACUACGUCAAGUGGAUCAACAAGGAAGAGGUGUUGUUUAAGUUCCCCAAAUCGCAGUACCAAGUGCUGGAGGCGAUCAAAUCGUUCGUCGUUCCGUUCUACAAGCUGAUUCGUCUAUGCAUGCGCUGGUUGCGUUACUAUAACGUUUGGAUGGACGGACCAUUCGAGUAUCUGGAGCCCGAGAUUGUCCGCUCGAAGACGGAGGAAUUUUUGAAGGAGUUCCAAAAGACACAGAAGUACUACCGGAACCGGAUCAAGGCGGAUAUGCUCGAAAACACGCUGUGCAAGUUUAAGGGACAAACGGAGGACCCGGACCCGGAGAAGCAUCCGUGCCCGCUGAAGCUUUGUGCGCGGAUGAGCCAAUCGAUCAAGGACUUCGAUCUGGGCGUGUAUGUGGUGAAGAUCAUGUGCAAUCCGGCGCUGAAGGAUCGCCACUGGGACGAGAUGUCCGAGAUAGCCGGGUUCGACCUGACGCCUGAUGCCGGCACGACACUGCGCAAGAUUAUCAACUACAAGCUGGACAAGGAUCUGGAAAAGUUCGACAUCAUCAGCAUCGGUGCCAACAAGGAGCUCGCGUUGCAGCAGAGCCUCCAGGCGAUGAUCGCCGAGUGGGAAGGCAUUCAGUUUAAGCUCGGCGCAUUCAAGAACACCGGCAUCAGCAUCCUGACGGCGUUGGACGAAAUCCAAGCCGUGCUCGACGAUCACAUCAUGAAGACGCUGGCGAUGCGCGGUUCGGCGUUCGUGAAGCCGUGCGAAAAGGAGGUCAAGGAGUGGUACCAAACGUUGACGCGCGUGAACCGUACGAUCGAGCAGUGGGGCAAGGUGCAGGGCAGCUGGCUGUAUCUGUUGCCGAUCUUCUCCUCCAAGGACAUCGUGGCGCAGAUGCCGAACGAGGGACGCAUGUUUCAGCAGGUGGACGGCACGUACCGGGCGUACAUGCGCACGGUCGAGGCGAACCGGGCGGUGAUCGUGGUGGCCGCCGCUAAAGGCGCCCAGGAAGCAAUGGAACAGGCGAACGGGUUACUCGAGCAGAUCACGGACGGCGUGAACGAGUACCUCGAGCGCAAGCGGCUGUUUUUCCCGCGGUUCUUUUUUCUCUCCAACGACGAAAUGCUGGAGAUCCUGUCCGAAACGAAGGACCCGUUGCGUGUGCAGCCACACCUCGGCAAGUGCUUCGAGGGCAUCGAUCGGCUGGAGUUUGACGAGCGACUGGACAUUCGGUCGAUGCGGAGCAUCGAGCUUGAGCGGGUGCAGUUCGUGGAGCCAGUGUCGACGGCUGAGGCGCGGGGCAGUGUCGAGAAGUGGCUGUCGUGGGUUGAAGCGGCCAUGCUAGGGGCGGUGCGGAACGAGCUGGCGGGUGCGUACCGGGCCUACCCGGAGAAGGCGCGCUCUCGAUGGGUGCGGGACUGGCCCGGGAUGGUGGUGCUGUGUGUGUCGCAGAUUUACUGGGCUGCCAGCAUUCACCAGUGCUUCCGGAAGCGCAACAACACGCUCAUCCUGGACCUGUUCGAGCGGCUACAGGUGGAGCUGCUGAACGUGGUGGCACUGAUGCGCUCGAAGGACCUCUCGAACCUGGAGCGCAUCACCGUGAAGGCGCUCAUCGUGGUGGAUGUGCACGCGAAGGACGUCGUGCAGGAGUUGAUCAGAAACCGCGUCUCGGCGGAGGAUGAUUUUCAGUGGUUGGCCCAGCUGCGGUACUACUGGGACGCGCCGGACGCGUCCGCCGCGGCCAGCGUAACGGUGAAGAUCAUCAACGCGGCGGUUCCGUUCGCCUGCGAGUACCUGGGCAAUUCUGACCGGCUUGUUAUCACUCCGCUGACCGAUCGCUGCUACCGCACCCUGAUGGGCGCCUACCAGCUGCACCUGAACGGGGCCCCCGAGGGCCCGGCCGGCACGGGCAAAACGGAAACUACGAAGGACCUCGCGAAAGCGCUCGCCGUCCAGUGUAAGGUUUUUAACUGCUCCGACGGGCUAGACUACCGGGCGAUGGGCAAGUUUUUCAAGGGUCUCGCCUCGUCCGGGGCGUGGGCCUGCUUCGAUGAGUUCAAUCGCAUCGAGCUGGAGGUUCUGUCGGUGGUGGCGCAGCAAAUCCUGUGCAUCGUCCAGGCGGUCCGGGCCGGCCUGAAGCGCUUCCACUUUGAGGGCACCGAGCUACCGCUCAACCCGGCCUGUUAUGUGUGUAUCACGAUGAACCCGGGGUAUGCCGGGCGCUCGGAGUUGCCGGACAACCUGAAGGUCCUUUUCCGAACGGUAGCCAUGAUGGUGCCGGACUACGCGAUGAUCGGCGAGAUCUCACUCUACUCGUUCGGGUUCACCAAUGCGCGCACGCUCGCGGUUAAGAUCGUCACCACGUACCGGCUCUGCUCCGAGCAGCUGUCGUCGCAGAACCACUACGAUUAUGGGAUGCGCGCGGUCAAAACGGUGCUGCAGGCGUGUGGCAACCUCAAGAAGGUGCACCCGGACGAGGACGAGGAGAUCCUGUUGCUGCGCUCGCUGUUGGACGUCAAUUUGCCCAAGUUUCUCGCCAACGAUGUGCCACUGUUCGAGGGCAUCAUCUCCGAUCUGUUCCCGGGCGUCGAGCAGCCGCGCGCGGACUACGCCCUCCUCGAGCGGGCAUUCCGGGAAGUGUGCACCGAACUGAACCUCCAGCCGACCGACCGCUUCCGUACGAAGGUGAUCCAAACGUACGAGAUGAUGAUCGUGCGGCACGGCUUCAUGAUGGUGGGCCGGCCGUUCUCGGGCAAAUCGAUGACGCUGCGCGUGCUGGCCGCCUGCUUGGGCCGGCUGGGGAACGGCCGGGCAGGCGGGAACUCGGCGCACUUUCAGCGAACCCAGCUCGAGGUAGUGAACCCGAAAGCCGUCACCAUGGGCCAGCUGUACGGGGCGUUCGAUCCGAUCUCGUACGAGUGGACCGACGGGAUUGCGGCAGCCAUCUUCCGGCGGUACGCGACGGACACGUCGCCGGACCGGAAGUGGCUCGUGUUCGACGGGCCGGUCGAUGCGGUGUGGAUCGAAAACAUGAACACGGUGCUGGAUGACAACCGGAAGCUGUGCCUGACGUCGGGCGAAGUGAUCAGCAUGACCGGUGGCAUGUCGAUGAUUUUCGAGGUGAUGGACCUGGAGCAGGCCUCACCGGCCACCGUGUCCCGGUGUGGCAUGAUCUUCACCGAGCCGUCCGUGAUCGGGUGGGAAGCGUUCGUGGAGUCGUGGAUCGGGCGGUGCAACAACGCCUGGACGCACGAUUGGCACGAUCUGCUGAUGGAGCUGUUCCGCUGGCUCGUACCGGACUGUCUGGCGUUCGUGCAGAACCACGGCCACCAGUACCUGCACCCGGGCGACACGAGCCUGCUGCUGGCGACGCUCCGCAUCUUCGAGAUGGUCAUCGACGAGGCGUGCCACGAGAACCCGGACGAGUAUGGGAAGUACCUGUUCACGUGGUUCCAGGCCGCGAUGCUGUACGCCGUCGUUUGGGGUCUCGGCGGUGUGCUGGACAUGGAAUCGAAGGCCAAGUUUGAUGAGUUCUAUCGGGAGAUUUGGAAAGGAACGGACGAGCUACACCCGGUGCCGGAAGCGGUGGGCAAGAUUGACGUGUCGAUGCCGGGCGAGGGCAUGAUCUUGGAUUACGUGUACCACUUCAAGCAGAAGGGCUCCUGGCGCUACUACCCCGACAUGGUGCGCCAGAUGAAGAACGAAGCUGGCUUCACACUGCUCGUCCCGACGUUGGACUCGGUCCGCUACAUGCACAUCCUUGACAUCCACGUGAAGAACAAGAAGCCGCUGCUGCUCGUGGGUCCCACCGGGACAGGCAAAACGUACUACAUCCAGAACUACAUGAUGAGCAAGAUGGAGCAGGAGAAGUGCCAGCCAACGUUCAUCACGUUCACCACGCAGAUCACGGCCAACCAAACGCAGGACCUGAUCGUGUCGAAGCUGAUCAAGAAGAAGCGGGGAGUGUUCGGGCCGCCGAACGGGAAAACGUGCGUCCUGUUCAUCGACGAUAUGAACAUGCCGGUCAAGGAAGCGUACGGUGCGCAGCCGGCGAUCGAGCUGAUGCGCCAGUACUUCGACCAGGGCCACUGGUACGAUCUGCGCGAUACGACGAAGGUGUACCUCCGGAACAUUCUCGUGAUGGCGGCGUGCGGUCUGGUCGGUGGCAGCCGGCAGGACGUGUACCCGCGCUUCCUGUGCCACUUCAGCAUCUUUGCGUUCAGCAACUUUAACGACGAGACGAUGUUCAAAAUCUUCUCCGCCAUCCUGCUCGACGGCUACCGGAAGGGAGGGCACGCAUCGGACGUGAUAAACAUGGUGAACAUGAUCGUGAGCGCGACCCUCGAUACGUUCCAGUUUGCGUGCGCCAAGCUCCUGCCGACGCCGGCCAAAUCACACUACAUCUUCAAUCUGCGCGACGUGCUCCGGGUCGUAAGCGGGUGCGCCAUGCUGAAGCGCGAGUCGGUCGAGAGCAAGAAGCUCUUCCCGAAGCUGUGGCUCCACGAGGCGAUGCGCAUCUUCUACGAUCGGCUGGUGGACGGUGCCGAUCGGGCGUUCGUGUUUGACAAGCUGCAGGGCAAUCUGAAGACGUUUUUUAAGGAAAAACCGGAAGCCCUACUGCCGGAACUGUUCGACGAGGCGACCGGUGCCGUGCGGAUGGCCAGUCUAAGCAACCUCAUGUUCGGAAGCUACUUUGACGCGGAUGCCGAAACGGAGGAUCGCAAAUACGAGGAAACGGCGCACGUCGAGCAACUGCGGGACCUCGCGGCCAAGGUGCUGGCCGAGUACAACAGCAGCUCGCAGAAGGCGAAACUGGACAUUGUGCUGUUCCAGUACGCGCUGCAGCACCUGAACAAGGUGUGCCGCGUGAUCUCGAUGGCCGGCGGUAGCUCGCUGCUGAUCGGUAUGGGUGGUUCCGGCCGUCAAUCCCUCACCAAGCUGGCGGCCCAGAUCUGCGGCCAGUCGCUGUUUCAGCCGGAGAUCACCAAGUUUUACGGGCUGAACGAGUGGCGCGAAGAUCUGAAGAAGGUCCUGAAGGAGGCCGGCGGUCUCGGACACGACACGGUGUUUCUGCUGACGGAGGCGCAACUGCAGCAGGAAGCGUUCCUGCAGGACAUCGACUGUCUGCUCAAUCUGGGCGAGGUGCCGAACAUUUUCGCGAUCGACGAACGGCAGGAGAUCCUGGAGCUGGUACGUCUGGCGGCCCAGGGCGGCAACCGUAACCUCGACAUUAGCCCGCUGGAGGUGUUCCAGUUCUUCGUGAAUCGCUGCAAACAGAAGCUACACAUCGUGAUCUGCUUCAGUCCGAUCGGUGGCGCCCUGAGGGCCCGCAUUCGCCUGUACCCGUCGCUGGUGAACUGCUGCACGAUCGAUUGGUUCGAUGCGUGGCCCGAGGACGCACUUCAGAAGGUGGCCGAGAAGUACAUGAAGGAGCUGAACGUGGCGGCCGAGGUGAAACGCUCCAUCGUGGUGCUGUGCCAACGGUUUCACGUCAUUGCCCGGGAUGUGGCGGCCGAGUUUACGGCCGAAACGGGUCGCAUCACGUACGUGACUUCGGCAUCCUACCUGGAGCUGAUCAAAUCGUUCCGCAACCUCACGCAACACCACCAGACGGAGAUCACGAACAACAAGCUGCGCUACCUCGGUGGUCUCGAUAAGCUGAGUGCGGCCGCGGACGCCGUGUCGAAGAUGCAAAUCGAACUGAACGCCCUCCAACCAACGCUGAUCGUGAUGGCGGAGAACUCGCGCAAAAUGACGGAGGAGAUCGAGAAGGAGUCGCUCGAGGCGACGGCCGCCACGGAACAGGUGAAGAAGGACGAGGUGGUGGCGAACGUGCAGGCGGCCGAAGCGCAGGUGUUGAAGGCCGACUGCGAGAAGGAUCUGGCCGGUGCGAUCCCGAUCCUGGAGGAGGCGAUCCAAGCGCUGAACACGCUCAAGCCGACCGACAUCACGCUGGUGAAGUCGAUGAAGAACCCGCCGGAGGUGGUGAAACUCGUAAUGGCGGCCGUCUGCGUGAUGAAGGGCAUCGCGCCGGACAAGGUGGCCGAUCAGGCCACCGGGAAGAAGAUGCUCGAUUACUGGGGCCCCAGCAAGCGGCUGCUGGGCGAUCUGGCGUUUCUGCAAACGCUGAAGGACUUCGACAAGGACAGCAUCAACCCGGACGUGAUGCGCAAAAUACGGAAGGACUUCAUUCCGCACAAGGACUUCCAGCCGCACAUCGUGGCGAAAGCGUCGAGCGCGGCCGAGGGCCUGUGCAAGUGGAUCAUCGCGAUGGACCUGUACGACGCGGUGGCCAAGAUUGUGGCCCCGAAGAAGGAGAAGCUGAAGCAGGCCGAGAAGGAGUACGCCGAGACGAUGGCGAUCCUGAACGAGAAGCGCCUGAUGGCGGCCGCACUCGAGCGGCGAGUGGCCGAGCUGAACGACAACCUAGAGAUUGCCAACCGGAAGAAGCAGGAAGUGGAGGACGAGGUGCAGCUGUGCAAGGACAAGUUGCAGCGCGCGGAAACGCUCAUCGGUGGCCUCGGGGGCGAGAAGACCCGGUGGAUCGCUUCGGCCGAACACCUGCAGCGCCUGUACGACAGUUUGGCCGGCGACAUCCUGGUGUCGGGCGGUGUGAUCGCCUACUUGGCGCCCCUGUCGGCACCGUUCCGGAAUCGGUGCGUCACCGAGUGGCACUCGCUGUGCGUGGCGCGCGGUGUGCCCUGCUCGCCCGAGUACAGCCUGGUGGAGGUGCUGGGCACGAGAAUCAAGAUACAGAACUGGAACAUUGCCGGGCUGCCGACCGACGCCUUCUCGACGGAGAACGCCAUCGUGAUGGACUGCUCGUCGCGCUACGCUCUGUUCGUCGAUCCGCAGCUGCAGGCAAACAAGUGGAUUCGCAACAUGGAGCGCAACAACCACUUGGUGGUGGUCAAAUUCUCCCAGCCGGACUACAUAAAGAAGAUCGAGACGUGCGUCGAGAACGGCCACCCGGUGCUAAUCGAGAACGUGUUCGAGGAACUGGAAGCGCCCCUGGAUCCGCUACUAAACCGCAACACGUACGUGCAGGGCGGUGUGGAGUACAUCGCGAUCGGUGAGAAUGUGAUCCCGCUGUCGCCCAAGUUUCGCCUCUACCUGACGUCGUGCCUGCGCAAUCCGCAUUACCUGCCGGAGGUGUACAACAAGGUGACGGUCAUCAACUUUGCGCUCACGAUCCAGGGCCUCGAGGAUCAGCUGCUGGGGAUCGUGGUGGCCAAGGAGCGCCCCGAUCUGCAGGAGCUGCGCCAAAGUCUCAUUCUGCAGGGUGCGAAAAACGUGGCGAUGCUGAAGGACGUAGAGGAUCGGAUCCUGAAGACGCUGUCCGAGAGCAAGGGCGACAUUCUGGAGGACGAGAGUGCGAUCAAGAUACUGGACGACUCGAAGCGCAUCUCGGGCGAGAUCGUCCAGAAGCAGGAGGAUUCGCGCGAGAUCGAACAGAAGAUCGAGGCGUUCCGGCAGAGCUACCGGCCGGUGGCGGCCCACUCCUCGACGCUGUACUACUGCAUCACGGAGCUCCCGAACGUGGACCCGAUGUACCAGUUCUCGUUGGCCUGGUUCGUGAACCUCUACGUGUACUCAAUCGAGAACGCGAACCGCACGAAGGAACUAUACCGCCGAUUGAAGUACCUGAUGGACGCGGUCACCCUCAACCUCUACACCAACGUGUGCCGAUCGCUGUUCGAGCGGGACAAACUGCUGUUUUCGUUCAUCCUGACGACGAAGAUCAUGAUCUCUUGCAGCCAGAUCGAUCCGCGGGAGUUUAAGUUUCUGCUCACCGGGAGAGACGAGCAGUCAACGGCAGCGUCCGUCCCCAAUCCCGAUCCGAGCUGGAUUACCGGGAAGCUCUGGGAGGACGUGUGUCGGUUGGAGCAGUUGACUGACUUUGGCGGGUUCGUGGCCAGUUUCGCCGAUAAUCUGGCGGAAUGGCGGGCGUACUACGAUGCCGAGGAGCCCCAGGCGCUCCGUUUGCCUACGCCGUGGGACGAGAAGACAAACCGCUUUGAGAAGCUGAUCGUACUGAAGACGGUGCGGCCGGACAAGUUCGUGUCGGCGAUUGGGGAGUUUGUGGCGUCGGAGAUGGGUCCGCCGUACGUGGCGCCACCACCGUUUGAUAUUGCGCGCUCGUACGAGGACUCCAACUGUCUGACGCCGCUGAUCUUCAUUCUGUCGCCCGGAGCCGACCCGAUGAACGCGCUCCUACUGUACGCCGAGAAGAUGGGUUUCGAGGAAACGUUCCAAUCGAUCUCGCUCGGCCAAGGCCAGGGCCCGAUUGCGGAGCGUAUCAUCGAGCGGGCCCAGCAGGAGGGUAGCUGGGUGUGCCUACAGAACUGCCACCUGGCCGGCCGGUGGAUGCCAACGCUCGAGUACCUGUGGGAGAGCAUGGACCACUACAACACGACGACCUCGUUCCGGCUGUGGCUGACCAGCUACCCGUCGGACCAGUUUCCGGCCAGUAUUCUGCAGAACGGCAUCAAGAUGACGAACGAGCCGCCGACGGGGCUACAGCAGAAUCUGCUCCGUUCGUACCGGUCCGAGCCGAUGAACGACGAUGCGUUCUAUACCGGGUGCCCCGGUAAGGAUCGGGCAUUUUCGAAGCUCCUCUUCGGGGUGUGCUUCUUCCACGCCGUCGUCCAGGAGCGGCGCAAGUUUGGGCCGCUCGGCUGGAACAUUGCGUACGGGUUCAACGAGUCCGACUUUCAGAUCUCGGUCCUGCAGCUGCAGGUGUUCCUCAACCAGUACGAUGAGAUCCCGUACGAAGCGAUCAACUAUCUGGCGGGCGAGUGUAACUACGGUGGCCGCGUGACGGAUACCUGGGAUCGGCGAACGAUCGUUACACUGCUGGAGGACUACGUCAACGAGCGGGUCGUUCACGAUCCGAACUAUCGACUGUCGGAGCUGUCGGAGUGCUAUGAGCUCCCGCUGCGAAACGAACACCGCGAGUAUCUGUCCCACAUUGCCAACAGCAUACCGAACUUCCCGAGCCCCCUGGUGUACGGGUUGCAUCCGAAUGCGGGCAUUACGCGCGAUCUGACGGCAUCACGGACGCUGAUCGAUGCGAUGAUCACCACGCAGGGUGGCACCAGCGGCGGAACGGAUGCCGAGCUCGAGAAGCAAGUGUUGGCGAUGGUCGACGAGAUUUCGGCGUUGCUCCCGCAGGAAGACUUUCACCUGGACGAGGUGAAGGUGCGCUACCCGGUGGAUUACGGCGAGUCGAUGAACACGGUGCUGGUGCAGGAGAUGGAACGGUUCAAUGUGCUCCUCGGUGAGAUCCGGACCGCUUGCCGGGACCUGCGGAAGGCUAUUGCCGGACUGAUCGCACUGACACCACAGCUGGAAGCGGUCUUUGCGGCGAUCCAACUUCGCCGCAUCCCGGAUAGCUGGAUGAAGAAAUCGUACCCCAGCCUGAAGCCGAUCGGUUCGUAUGUGGCCGACUUCCGGGAGCGGCUCGAUUUUCUGCAACGCUGGAGCGAACAGGGCAAACCGACCGUGUUCUGGCUGUCCGGGUUCUUCUUUACGCAAGCCUUCCUGACCGCAGCGAUGCAGAACUACGCCCGGCAGCAUCGCAUCCCGAUCGAUCUGCUAACGUACGAUUUUGUCGUACUCCAGGAGCUGUCGACCGUAACGAAUCCACCCGAGUGCGGAGUGUACGUGAAUGGCAUCUUUCUCGAGGGAGCUCGUUGGGACCUCCCGAAGGGCUGUCUGGAGGAGCAGCUACCGAAGCAGUUGAUCGACACGAUGCCCAUCCUACACUUGGUGCCCACGAAGCUUCCGGAGCUGGUGGAAGGCACGCGGUACAAGUGCCCGGUCUACAAGACGGCCGAAAGGAAGGGAACCCUCUCGACGACGGGCCACUCGACGAACUACGUGCUGCCGGUGCUGCUCGCCACCCGUCUGCCUGCCAACCACUGGGUUAAGCGAAGUGUGGCCCUGCUCUGCCAAACUUCGGACUAA